UAAGAAAUAGCCAUCCUGCCAACUAACGAAACAGUUGCAAUUUACCAACAGACCAGUGAACAGUUCUCGAUACGCAGCCAAAAGACAGUACCCGAAAAAGCAAACCAUGUUUAGGUUUUCCUUUUUUUUCCAUCUCAUCUGCCUAUAUCUGGCUAUCAAAAGUGCACUGAGUGUGGAAAUGGAUUCAAAUGAUCAAAAGUACGCGGACCUGCGGACGACAUCGGGGCGUGAGGUGCAGGAUGGAGGCGCACCAGAACCGGAUGUACUUAGACGGGAUGAUACGGCCGAAGGGCUCAACAAAAGGGCUGCCGCCAUGUGGUUUGGCCCGCGGCUCGGCAAACGUACCAUUGCGACGGAUUUACACGACGAUCUGGUGGAGGAAUUCGACAGUGAACCGUUGGGUUAUGCGGGUGAACCACCGCAAAAGUUGGCCUCCGAGCUUGUCCAGGGAUCACCCUACAUGGUGCUAUUACUCACAACAAAACCACGAAAACCACAGCCAGUAUUCUACCACACAACAUCACCGCGCCUCGGUCGACGGGAUUCGGUCGGAGAGAAUCAUCAACGGCCACCGUUUGCACCACGGCUUGGCCGAAAUCUGCCCUUCUCACCACGCUUAGGACGUGCGUACAACGGUGGAUAUCCGCUACCAUUCCAGUUUGUGUACUGAAGCGUUACCCGAACGAUCAGUGACUGUGUAACGGUGUGUAACGCAAGCGCCUAGCCCGGCGGUGAAGUUUAUCGGCAUUAAUUGAAUUAACCUUUUGCGUAAAAAUAUGGCUGGAAUCCGAUAAACUUGACGGCCUGGUGUAAGGGUGCCAGAAAACAUGCCACCAGAAAAAAAAACUCUCGACGAAAAUUGUAAAAUUGCACGCUGUAUUGUAAUAAAGUAUUAGGAAUCUCCAACAUCAA